AUGCUCGUUGGGUUACAUUCUCUUUGGUGACGGUUAGACACCAAGAAGCCAAGGUUACUGUCGAAUAUUAUUUUUGUUCCAGAUUUUCGUUAGUUUUCGUUACUAUUACCUAGUUGGUAAUUACUAUCCUCAGUUGUUAUCAUACAAUGCUCUCGUAUACUCGGACCAUAUAUAGGUAUUAUAUUUAUUUUUGGUUGCUAUCAUAGAGUAAGGUGGAAGCAAAGGGUGGAAGUUUCCAUAUAUAUUAUAAAUUCUCUUUGGGUGAAAGUAAGGUUGCUAUGCCAACGUAUGUUGUCAACACACUAUAAAUCAAUUUCUCAAAGUUAAAAUUUUGCCCUUGGUUUUUAAUUCGAACAAAUGGUGCCUUUAUUUUAAAAUGACGGAGCAAAUGAAGUUUAUUGUGAAAGAAAUAAAUAUCGCUCUUGGCAGAAAUUAUGAUCUUAUAAAAUUUGAUGCCCUUAGUGAGAAGCAGUUGCUGCAAUUAUUGGUGGAUUUACUUGUAUAUUUCGGUGCUGGGGACAAGAUAGAUGUUAGCGAAGAUGAUACAGAGACGAUAUCAGUACGUCUUUUGGAAAUGUUGGGUAACGUCAAGUAUCGGCCGCCGGCUAAUGUCGAGCCGCCACGGUUUAGAGCGCAGCUUAUUGCUGGAGAUGCCAAGACGAUACACCACGUGCUGCACUGGCUUCUGACCAAUAAAGACCAAGUUAAGAAUACGGCAUAUCUCGCACGGUACCUAAAAUUACCAGAUAUUCCCACAGACGUGGCUCGGAAUAAUACGAUUCAAGAUUUACUCGAUUUAUACCAGAAUCUUAUUGAAGAGUUUAAGGAAGUUCAUAAAAAAACAAGACUGUUGCAGAAAGAGAACGCUUCUGAAAUUAUAAACGAUAUAAAGGAAAUGGCCGUAGAGAGAGAUAUAGUAAUUAAAAGACUAGAAAAUGUUCAGGUGAAUCUCGUUGAUGUAAGUAAUAAAGAUGAUUUGUUGAAUGUGAGCAAAUCAUUAAGACUUCAGCAAGAAAAAGCGAAGGAAUUAGAACAUCAGUACGACACUCAACAAUCGCAAUUAAAAUUAGCAUCGGACCAAUUGAAAAGAUAUUUGAACGUCAUUCAUGGCCAGAGUGCCGCGCCGAAAACUGUUAAUGAUGUCAUUAAACAUUUACAAGAAGAAAUUCAGUUAAAUUGUUAUUUAGUAAAGGAAAAAUUACCUCAGGAAACCGCACAUCUACAGAAAGAAUUGAAUAUAAUGCAAUCAAUUACUGCUGAACAACAUCCAACUCGGUCUGAUUUGCUUAUGCUACAAGAUAAGAUAGCAGUUGUGAAUGGCGAAAUGGAACAGCUUGUACAACGCAAACUUGCCGCAAAAGGACCGCAAGAAGAUAAGUUGGCACCCUUCCGACAGCAAGCCGCAGUUAUUAGACGUAAUAAGGAGGCGAGCGCUGCACGUGUCCAUGAGCUCGCUUCCAGUCUUAAAGACUACGAGGCGACCUUAGCAGAUUUACAAUCUCAGGUUAAACAGCUUCUGGGCGAUACUGUUCUCAGAGGAGAAGAAUUGAAAAAAUAUGUAAAUUCAUUGCGCACUAAGAGCGCCGUCUAUAAAAGGCAAAAAGCCAACCUAACAAGUUUUAAGACUGAGGCCGGUAUUUUAGCAAGGACGAUACAAAUCAUCAGCACUGCGGAUCCGACCGUCGAAAUGGCGUUAGUUAAUCAUAAAAAAAUGAAAAUAGAAGACGCUGAUAUUUUGGAAAACGAUAAAGAUAAAUCUAUAGAUUUGUCGAAAAAGUCUCUUCAUGAUUUAUCUCAGUUAGUAGCGCAAACAGCGCAAAAACUAUCUGAAGUCCGUCAAGAUAUACAACCACUAGCGGAUAAAAUUCAGCCCGUAAAGAAAGAGUUCCAAGCCAUUCAACAACAAUAUGACCAAAAGAAAAGAGCUUACGAAGCCACAUCGAUCAAUAUAGCAUCACAAAUGGAACCUCUCAAAAACCAAGUGAAAGCUUUGACUGACCAGUUGAAUAAUAAAGAGACCGAAUGGAAAAACUUGAGACAAGAAAUAACAAAAGCUGAAAGUUUUCAAGAAGUCGUAAUGUUUGAAAUGAAAAAUUCAAUGCAGUCCCCAAGGAAACCUUCCAAAAUGGAGGCAUUAAAGAAGAAAGUUGCCGACUUUGAGCAAAUUGUCAAGCGUUUGGAGGAGGAACAAAAAGCCAUCAGUUCCCGCCAAGGAGCAGUGGAAGAACAGACUCGCCUCUGGGAGAAUACUCUUCAACUGCUCCGGUGCAAGAUGCGAGCGCGCACCGAGCCCGCUGCAAGACAGGGCCGCAUGCAUAUCACCCAACAUUCACAAAUGCUCACACUUACUUAAAGCUUUCGUAUUAUGGCACUCUAGUUCUACUAUGCAUGUAAUAAAAGCAUUAUAACACUAAUAAACUUUUACUAUAAAAAGAUACCAGAGUCCUGAUUUACUAUGGAGCACCACACACGCUAUUUUGACAGUUCAUAACAAACAUGUAAAGCAUCUCAUCCAGUUUAUACAUACAAUAAAAAUUGGCAUACAGAAAACCAUUUCACACUUACUACAUGACGAUAGCGUAAAAGGGCCUUUAUACUGUCAUAGACGCUAACUGGUGUUUCAUAUGUAAGAGCCGAGCUGGGAAUUCACAUUUGUCUCCAAGCUACAUUGGAACACGGUCAUGUUAUAGUUUACAUUUAGGGAAGUCGCCUACGGUAACCUUUUGCAGCGAUGCAAUCGAAAAACGGCCACGAUAGAGUCGCAAUGCUGUUGCUGGCAGUCCACCUUCGUCCACGAUACUGUAUCGGUGCAAUCGCGAUGCCGACGCGCUUUAGUAGUUGUACAGAUGCGAUGCAAACGCGUAAACCCCGACACAAUAUAUUGCAUAAUAUAUAAAAAUAACGCGUUAUUAGGGUUAAAAUAUUACCAAAUAUUUAUAAUAUACUUAAAGAAUAAACACAUUUUAUUUUAUAAUUUUUAAUAGCAGGUAUACUAGAUUGCAAAUCAAGCGGAUCACUGAAAGAAGGAAAAGAGAUGAUCUUUAAACUUCUGCAUAGAUACUCCUAAAUUAUAUUUAAGAACCACCUAGAUCAUGAUCAUCCUCAUCAAAAUCGGUCCAUUCAUUUGAGAUCUACGAUGCCGCAGACAGACACAUACUAUAUUUGAAACUUAUAACCCCCUCUUUUUCCGUCGGGGAUUAUAUAAAUAAUACGUUGUAAAUAAUGUGAACAAAAUAAAAGCGGUAA